CUGUAGAUGGGAAUACCAACUUGCUAAUCCUGGAAGAAUAUUCCACCACAAGGCACCAUGACAAUACCACACGAAUUAUGGUUUUGUACCCUCAAUACUUAGAAUCUUUUCUUCGGACCCAGUACUACAUACAACGCAUGGAUGGACCAUUCCCCUUUGAAUACAGGCAUUACUUGGCAAUAAUGGCUGCUGCCAGGCACCAGUGUUCCCAUUUGGUAAACACUCAUGUAAAUGAGUUCUUGCAGGUUGGUGGAGAAGUGGAGUGGCUAAAUGGCUUGGAGUAUGUCCCACAGAAACUGAAAAAUAUCAAUGAAGUCAACAAAAUCCUUGCACACAGACCUUGGCUGAUCACAAAGGAGCACAUCAAGAAAUUGCUUAAAACUGGGGAGAACAGCUGGUCUCUUGCUGAGUUGGUCCCUGCUAUGGUCUUUUAAGCUCAUUAUCACACAUUGACCAGCUUUGUGUUUGGAAGUGGCAUCAAUCCAGAGAUUGACCAAGAUGGAGCACCAGCUGUCAGCAACUUCUGUCUGUGCAAUGCCAGCAAUGAGAGCAACAUGGAAGAAGUCACAUUGAUGUGCAACAGUCCUGGAACUUCAGAUUCUGUCAGUGAAUUGGAGGUUCUAAUGGAGAGAAUGAAGAAACUUCAGGAGGAAAAUGAGGAAGAAGCAUCACAAGAAGAGAUGGCAACACGUUUUGAAAAAGAGAAAAAAGAGAGCCUUUUGGUAAUUACUGGAGUGGAGAACGCUAACAGCAUACCAAACUUUGUACACUGCAUGUUUUGUUCAAGGUAUGACGAUUAUGAUUAUGGUGAAGUCAAUCAGUUAUUAGAGCGAAGCCUGAAGGUUUAUAUUAAGACAGUGACCUGCUACCCUGAAAAAAACACAAAAUGCAUGUAUGAUAGCUUUUGGCACCAAUUCAAACAUUCUGAAAAGAUCCAUGUUAAUUUGCUAUUGAUGAAAGCACAUAUGCAAGCAGAACUUCUGUAUGCCCUGCGUGCUAUAACUCAGUACAUGACUUGA